AUGGACUCAUUCUCUGCAGGGCCUAUAGUGUACUCAACAUUGGAAGCUGACGAGCUGUAUGAGAGCGCCGACGAUAGCGAAGGCGAAGGACCAGGUGAGGGAACCGCCCGAGAGGCAGAAGAGGUCAUCGCGCACCCGGGACAUGAUUCCAAGAUCUGGAUUGUGAACUCACGUUUCAGGGUCUGGAAGCAAUCUGAAGGCAAAGAUUGUAGCAUCAUCAAUGAGAUGUUUGACCGGCUGCAUGUACACUCGCACGAAGUGACCUUUGCUUCUUCCGUCCGUUGCCUGAAGACGGACUUUUCGAUAGUCGGCAUGCGAGGAGUUUACGAGCAGCGGUCCUGUGCUGACCCCUCUCCAACCUGGGAACUCUCUCAACGGAGCGGGCAACUGGUACAAGUCCCCAAUCUUAAAGCGACAUGGCUCCUGGACGAGGAGACCGUGCUCACAUGUUGCCACUAUGCUGGGGAGGCCACCGAGAGUUGGGUGGACGAAAAGCGACUUGCAGAGCGAUUCGGUUCAGAAAAUUUGGAGCGGAUGGGUGGUCUGAGCGUGCUUCUCGAGUUCAUCGGCCUGAUCUGUGCCGAUGCCGGCGCCGGCUAUGCGGCCCAGCUUCCAUUCGGUCUGCCCGAGGCCGUCGUGUAUCUGCGGGAGGAGGCGGACGCCCCGCGUCCGCGCCGACCUCCGAUAGCAGAAGCCUCUGGCGGCUACGGUGCGUCAAAGGUCGUGCCAAAGGCGCCGAAGCCCCUGCCAGCCACAAGUGCUGUUGCCUUCAACACCUCCAAAAAACAGUUACAUCCGGUUAGCUGGGACAUAGCGGUUGCAUCCGUGUCAGCCAGGAUGUCGAAGACCGCUGAUGCCGUGGUCCUCGCAGCCCAAGAGCUGCAAGACGCGGGACCGGAUUUGCAUCGGGUCGUCCUUCCUCUUCUCCAAGGUGGUCUGAUGAAUGGCAAUUUUUUGGAUCCUAUGGUGCUCACGAAGGACUUCGAGGACUCGCUGUUUCGCUACGGCGCAUCGAACGAGCGCCUCGAGCAGCUGUUGCAGGAGGAGAAGGAGGUGCUGGAGAGCGUGUCACCGGAGGACGUGCAGGUACUGGCCGGGCUGCGGCCCAUGGUGCUCCAGGGCAUGAUGGUACUCUGUAGCUACCACCACCUAGAUCAAGACAGUUGGUACACCGCCGUAUCCGUCAUCGACUCCUACCUGGCCAAAGUGGGAGAACUUGACAUCAGCAAGCUGCCGCUGACCUGCGUCGCCGUGGUGAGGUUGGUAAAGAAGUUCUACGGCAACGUGGCCGACCAAUUCGGCACCACCUCUGCUCAAUGGCUCGAUGGAGCCCGGCAGCUGGCCAGAGCGAUGCAAGAUCAAGGCCACCAAAUGCAGAGCCUGGAGUUUACCGAUAUCAUGCUCAGCCAGCAUGAGAUUGACAUUCUCCAGGUCCUGCAGUGGCAGAUCGACGCCCCGCUCCUGCAGAAGUGGCUCUCCACGUACUGCCAGCGCUUCAACAUCUUGACCUAUCACAAGCACGAGACGGCCGUUUCCCGGGCCAAGGCCCUGGCCAUGUACUUCGCUGGCCUGCUCCUCUUCGUGGAG